CCCUAGUUUUCCUCAUGUACUGGUAGAUGUGUCAACUAAACUUUUUCAACUGUUGUUAUCUUCUUAAGAAAAGAAAACGUUGUUAGUUUUAGGUUGUUCAGGAAAUGUUGAAUUACCAUGAUGAGCUUUUGGCUUGACAACAUAUGUACAUAUAUAUGACUAAUGUUAAUUAUGUACAAGUGAUCAUUGAAGCGAGCAUCUUGCAUCAGAGCUAGCUGCUUUUUAGAAAAUGCGGUCUGCUUCAUGAGAGACUUCUGCACUCGUCAUAUGAGCCAAACGUGAGCAUGAAUUCUACACUAAUGUUUAUACCAAGCUGAGGCUGAUUUGUUGGAAGGUGACCUGAACUGUUGCACUGAAGUGUUCGACAAAAUUCCUGAGAGAAUAGAAAACAAAACGGUACAAUGGGAAAGCAAGGAGGGAUUAAGAAAGCACCAAAUCUUAGACAUGGAUUUCAGAAUCCAAUCUCGCUGAGAGAAGAAUCCAUCGGGAGAAAGCAAACCAAAGGCGGGUCCAAGAAUUCCGAGUCCAUGCUAAAAGUUAAGCACUUGCAGAAGCUAGCGGCAUGGGCCAAUGGGGAGGCUGCUAUUCCUUCUUUGGGUGCCUUUUUUGGGCACCGUUUGGCUACUGUAACGGAGGCCAUGGGGGUACCGCCUGACUCUUCUCUGUUUUCAUGCGAGAGAUGUGAAACAAUUCUUCAGCCCGGCUUCAACUGUACUGUCCGAAUUGAAAAGAAUAGGGCAAAGGCAAGGCGUAGAAGGAAGAAAACUAGUAAUUUCACCCAGAACAAUGUGGUGGUAUACAAAUGUCACUUCUGUUCACAUUGGAAUCUGAAGAGAGGGACCCAAAAAGGACAUAUGAAAGAGAUAUGUCCCUCAAAGACCAAAACAUCUUCAAAAUCAGAAACUUCAAAACCCAAGGUUCAGAAAUGUGCCAACUUGGAGAAGAGCUCCAGAAGCAAAGAUGAUAUCCGUUGGUGAGAAAUGACUACUUUGUUGGAGGCGAAGAGUAGAAAGAGAAACCGAUCAAUAUCCAAGAAACCAAGCAAUUCUACCCCAAUAGAUGUGGAAAAAGCUGUGAGCACGUCAAGUAAACGAAGAAAAGAGCAUGAUAGCCGGAAGAUCACUAAUUUGACAAUCCCUUUUUG